UCACGAAGGCUGGGACUGUAAUUAAACGUCGAUGGACAGAGCGCGAACACACACACAUACACGCGCACCCACGUAUCCUCAAAUCUAUGUGUGCGUGUCCCCACUCUAACAUGAGGCAUUCAAUAACUGCGGGAUAGACGGAGUCUCUGGGCGGCGUGUUCAUUCACCGGAAAGCCCUGUCUUUUCUUUUCCUCUGCCUUUCUGCUGGACGUCUCUGCGUUUGUACUGGAGGUCUUGCCGUACGUGGAGCUGUUGUCAUUCUCACAGGCCGCGGUUCGGCUCUCGUUGCUGGGAGGAGACCGUUAAGAGACUCCCUGCUAGUACUCUUAGCUGGCUAUGAUGCGUCGCUGCUGCAGGUGUAUUUUCCACACGGCAGGCCACUGUACAGCGAGGCGGGUCUUUGAUUAAUUGUUUACCCCGACUGAUCUGGAGGGUGACUCGGAGAUACACCACACCUUCAAGGAUGGAUGUAGAUUUUUGUGCUGGUGGGGACAGUACCAGGAGAAAAAUGGAUCUGGCUGGGGUUGCAGAAGGCACAAUGGAUGUUACACCAUUGGAGAUGUAUGACUCUUCCAGAGCAAAAAUAGCUGCCAACCUCCGGUGGCUGUUUGCCAAAGCUUAUGGCAUUGACCAUAUUCCAGAGGACCUGAGGGACCCAUUCUACACGGAUCAGUAUGAGCAGGAACACAUAAAGCCGCCUGUCAUCCGCCUUCUGCUGUCAUGUGAGCUUUACUGCCGAGUCUGCACCCUCAUUCUCAAGACGGAGCAGGCAGCGUCUCUACAGUCCCACCUGUCCGUCAUCCAAGCUCUGUCCCGUAAAGGGAUUUAUGUUGUGGACAGUGACGAUACACGUGUCACAGAGGGGGACCUGGCCUGUGUACCCAUCAAAAUGAGUGCUCACAUGCCCAUGAUCGAUGCUCUGAUGAUGGCCUACACAGUGGAGAUGAUCAGUAUCGAGAAAGUGGUGGCAUCCGUCAAACGCUUCUCCACCUUCAGUGCCUCCAAAGAGCUACCCUUUGACCUAGAGGACGCUAUGGUCUUCUGGAUCAACAAGGUGAACAUGAAGAUGAGAGAGAUAGCAGAAAGGGAUCACAAAGUCAAGCACCAUCCUUUGGAGUCCCCCAGCCACCAAAAGUCUCCCUCCAAAUGGUAUUGGAAGCUAGUCCCUGUGAGGUAUCGUCGGGAGCAUGCCUCAGGCCAACAUCUGGCCUUCCCGUUAGUGGAGGACCUGAUGAGGGAUGUUUGUGAUGGAGCUGCACUGCUCACUGUGGUCCACUACUACUGCUCAGACAUCAUGAAGCUGGAGGAUAUUCGCCUGAAGGAAGUCCCCUCUAUUGCUGAUAGCCUGUACAACAUUCAGCUGGUCAGAGAGUUCGCCAAUGAGUAUCUGAAUAAAAGUUUCUACUUGACAACAGAGGACAUGCUUUACUCACCACUCGUGCUAAAGCACAAUGUCAUGGUUUUUAUUGCUGAGCUCUUCUGGUGGUUUGAGACUGUCAAGCCAGAGUUUGUCCAGCCCAGAGAUCUGCAGGAGUUAAAAGAUGCACGAGCUGCAGCUCAGCCCAAGAGUGCACGUCCAUCAGUGCCCAUCUCUAAUGCCACUAAACGCAGCUUCCUGGUUAGUCCUGGUGUGGCCGAUAACCAGAGCAGCCCUGAAGUCUGUAACAGGUACUUCCUGCACCCUGACGACUCUGACCCCCUUAAAGGGGGUCCAACCUUCAGUCCUUCCCACCCACUUCUACCCCUACGACAGAGGCAGCAGAUGCAGCAAGGAGAAGACACUCCAGGUUUGCGAUUUCGUUCAAACUCGUUGACCCAAAUGGAUGGACAACCAAGAGCCUCUGUCGCUGCAUGGCCUGACAAGAGGCAGAGACCGCUGUCCACACUGAGCCCCUUCAUGUUGCAUGCAGCCACAGACAGUGAUGCAGACAUCGCCUCUGGUGACAAUAUUAGUCUGGCUCGGUCCAUAAGUAAGGACAGUCUGGCAUCCAACAUAACCAACAUCACACCCAAACACCAGACUUCUGUCCACCAGCCUUCACAGGAUGUAGUGCGUAAAGUCAACGGACACAGCCUAUUGAGUAAUGUCAACAUUGAAGAUGAGGAUGAAACUCUGUCAGCUGUUGCAAGGACUGAUUGUACCACCAUACAAAAACAGGUUGAUGGGAUGCCAGCAACUGCCACUGUGGGACCUAAACCUUCCACUGAGUCCAAACCUGCAACAGAUAGCUUUUACCUAGAACCACUGAUGCCUGCCGUGCUCAAAACAGCUAAAGAAAAGUCUGUAUGCCUAAACAAGGAGGAAGAGUGUGGUGAGGGGCCCCUAUCGUCAGGACGGGGCUCAUUACGACGAGGAGAUGGAUCUACAUCAGUCGUUCGUAGGAAAACGCCCAACAACUUAAACCAAACAUUUCCCCCUCCAUGUGAGGAGACGGAGGAGGAGCCUACACAAGGUCAGACAGGUUUCAGGCUCGCAUCCACAGACGGUACGGACCUCCUGUCCAGAGACCCAUCAGGUGUCUUCUACCUGCAUUCAGAUGCUGAAGAACCAAAGUCUGGUCAUGGUGUAGACGCUGAGCUGGACGACCUGGAGGAAGAGGAUUUGGAUGAAGCAGUUACCACUAAAGACCCUAGUUGGCCUAGGAAAGACCUCAAUGAGGCGAAUGAAGAAGAAGAAUCAGCCAAACUCCAAGAGGAUAUGAAUGUGAAAGAGCAUGAGGACAAAGACAUAAAUGGUGGCAGUGGUCGCUCCAGCCCUUGUCUCAGCACUCACUCCCAGGCCAGCAGCAUGGCAAGCGGCAGUGUGCGCAUGACCUCGUUCGCAGAGCGCAAAUACCAGCAGCAGCGCUUUGGCAGCAACCAUGACCUACGCUCCAGUGCCUCCAGCUCCCAGAGGACCACCCCAGAUGGAUCAGAGAGCAGUGGGCCGCUGGCAUCCUCCUGGAGGCUGAAAAGAGAUCAGAGCCCCUCCUCACCUUUGGGUGGAAGCAUCCGUGCAGGUGAUGUUAGUGGUGGUACUGUUCUGUCUUCCGAACUGGUCCAGCUGCGUAUGCAGUUGGAGGAGAAGCGGCGGGCCAUUGAGCACCAAAAGAAGAAGAUGGAGGUGCUCUCAGCAAGGCAGAGGCAGAAGCUUGGAAAGGCAGCUUUCCUGCACAUUGUAAAGAAAGGUGGAGGCAGGAGUGAAACGUUACCCAACCCACUUAAAGCUGACAUUCCUAAAGAUGAGAUCAAUGGAGAAAAGGGACCAAAAAGCAAAGAUGAUGUAUGUGUUGAUGCCUUGAGGGGGGGGAAAGAGGUGGCAGCAACCACCUUGCCUGGUGCCUUAGAAGCCGACAAGAAAGUAAACAGUGGAAGCUUCUAUUUAGAAGAAGAGUUGGACCUGAACGAGUGUAGCCACUCCAUUGACCUGCUGAACGACGCCAUCAGUAGCAUCCAGCAGCAGAUGAUGCAGCUGUCAGUGCAGCAAGAGAUGUUGAUGAAACAGAAUGUACAGUCCCCCCCUGCUGCAACGCCACCUCCUCCCACUGGUGAAAAAAAAUGUGACUCAAAGUCCAGUGCAAGUUUUCAUUAUGUGGAGCACCUCUCUGGCACUAACACUGCCCCUACCAGGAAGCCCCCCAAGCUGAGCUCAGGCCGCAGCUCCAGAUCCAAACCAUCAGAGCUGAAAAUAGCCAAGGAACAAGGCAGGCACACAUCCAGGACCCUCACCCCCACCCACAGUGGAUCAGAGUCAGUGCCACAUCCAAGGCAUUUAGCCGGGGGCAGGUCCCCCAGGACCGAGCAGCCUGACAGCCCAAAAAAUCUCACCUCAAGAGACACAGUCGAUAUGCACGGCUCCAGCCACAUUCGGAGCCCCACCUUCCGCCUUCAUGACGAGGCAAAUAUGCGUUUGCCAACUCGAGUGGACCUGACAGCAGUGGUUGUCCCAGAAGUGUCCUUCACUAAAUGCAUGUCCAGCACCAUGAGAGAGCCUGAGCUCAAUUCUUUAGAGCUCAGUUUAGAGAACAUCUCAUCAGAGGAGGUGCAGCGCAGCAAAACCCACCUGAUUGAGGUUGAUCUGUCUGAGCUGAAAGCUACCAAUGAUGAGGUUGCUGCGGACGCAACAACAGAAGCAGGUGAUGGGGAGCAGAAGUCAGUUCUGGGCUUCUUCUUCAAGGAUGAGCAGAAGGCUGAGGAUGAGCUUGCUAAGAAAAGAGCAGCAUUCUUGCUGAAACAGCAGAAGAAGGCUGAGGAGGCUCGUCUUCGUAAACAUCAACUGGAAGCCGAAUCUGAGCUAAAACGAGAUGAAGCUAGACGGAAGGCUGAGGAGGAUCGCCUUCGCAAAGAGGAAGAGAAGACACGUCGGGAGUUAAUAAAGCAGGAGUAUCUGCGGCGGAAGCAGCAGGAGAUGUUAGAGGAGCAGGGACUGGUGAAGCCUAAAACCCCAAAACCCAAACCCAAACAGAAACACAGACCAAAGACUGUGUUCAGAGAAGAAUCGUCCAGUGACAAUUUCUCCAAGUGCUCUUCAACACCUGAAAACUUGAGCACUGCCCAAUCAGGCUCCAGUCUAUCUCUGGCCUCCGCCGCAACCAACGAGGCCGACAGCGUCAACUCUGGAGGAGCUAGCUCCCAGCGCUGUGAUUCUGUGGAGUCAUUUCCCGGCAGUCGUACCAACAGUCGAACCGCUGAGAGGGACUGGGACAACGGCUCCACUGCAUCUUCCAUCACAUCCAUGGCAGAAUAUACAGGUCCCAAACUCUUUAAGGAGCCCAGCGCCAAGUCAAACAAGCCAAUCAUCCACAAUGCAAUCUCACACUGCUGCCUGGCUGGCAAGGUCAACGAGCCGCAGAAGAACCAGAUCCUAGAGGAGUUGGAGAAGUGCGAGUCCAACCACCUGAUGAUCCUGUUUCGUGAUGGCGGCUGUCAGUUCAGAGCCCUCUACUCGUACUUCCCCGACACCGAGGAGAUCCAGAAGCUGACGGGCACCGGACCCAAGAGCAUCAGCAAGAAGAUGAUUGACAAGCUGUACAAGUACAGCUCGGACCGAAAGCAGUUUACUGUUAUACCUGCCAAGACUGUGUCAGUGAGCGUGGAUGCUCUGACCAUCCACAACCACCUGUGGCAGCCCAAGAGAGGCACUGUGCCAAAGAAGAGUGUAAAAUAGCAGGAAGGACCUGGUAAACCCUGUGUCAGACAAAUCAUCGUUUACUCAUCUUGCUUGUGUCCCACAUUAACUGCUUCGAUGCUCAUCGCCACGUUUACCGCCACGCUCGCUCUGGAAAACCUACUCAGGAGAGGCCACGUCUGCGAACAUGUGGUGAUGUGUAGGUGAAAACGGACAACAAAGAAGGGAAGAGGUGUGUGAGUCUGUGUGUGUGUGUGUGUGUGAGAGAGAGAGAGUCUGUCUGACUGUGUGUCCGUCUGUCACAGGUGGUCUGAGGGUCUGGUGCUUGCAACAAAAAGGGGAAUGUGGACUGAAUGUGCUUCUUCUCUCUGUGAUCUCAGUGCGGUCUGUUCAGAUUUUGUCUGGUCUGGCUCUAUUUUCUACAACAACCACAACUCGAGCAUGUGGCAUUUUGAUUUCUUUCUCUCGGAUUCAUAAGUGGUGGAUGUAUCAUUUUUACAUAAAGUAUUUAUUAGUUCAGCACUGUCAUGAUGGAGAGCUCAGCUGCAGUAACACUAAAAUCCUUUCCUCUCUCCUGGACUUUGGAAGCUCCUCUCCUUUGGUCCGAUUUGGACAAAAGGAGGGGGAUUAGGGGGAUUUCCUGUCAUUUCUUUUGGAAUAUCUGAAAGGCAUGACAUCUGUAUGAGCUUUGUUGGACUGCUCUGUUGUCCCAACAAAAGAACUAUCGUAUCUUCCUGUCGUAUCUGGCAUUGCCAUUUUUUUGCCUCACUCCCCCCAAAAACAUACCCUGCUGCUCUGAACUGUCUUCUUGUUUUUGUGUCGGGGUGCUCGUCAGGUCGCCCUCUGACAUUUGUUGGCCUUUUAACGCAUCGUGGUACUAUCGUCUAUUUAUUCAACCGCUUUUUAAACUAUACGCUGAUCGUGUAGCUCUGGAUAUGUGUAUAGCAAAAAGAAACCAGUCAGUGAUGGUCAUUUUUUUUUAUUUGAACACUCCCUUGUCACGAGGGUGUGAGAAUCAUGGGCUUUGGUACAGAAAUUAUGCUUUUUCUGGUUUUAUUUUAGAUUUUAACAUUUUUCUUAAAACAUUAACGCUGUUUAGAGUUUGAGCUGAUGUUAUGUGUUUUCAUCAUAACGGGAAUUCUCUGAUGUUUAGGGCUUAGUUGUUUUUCUGUCUCUCACCACUGGGCACUCUUGAACUGUCCUGUAUAAAGGUGCACUCAUGAACACUUGCAGUCGAAGUCUUCUUUCAUGCAAACUCUUAACUCCUCCACUCGUCCGCACGUGUCGGUCUGUCCCAUCCUUAAUCCCCGGCAGGAAGAGUGUUGUGAAGAGUGUUUUUGGGCCACUACAGCCGCUGGGAAUGAAUGACCCAUUUGUUUCCCCGUGUGUGUGUGUGUGUGUGUGUGUGUGUGUGUGUGUUGGCGGCGGGACUGUGGUUCAGAUAUGUACUGACGUUAAAGAACAUUCCUCCAAGGUGUUGACAGACACUGCCACGUUGGCUCUAUCUUUUCUCUCUGUCAUUUAAACAUAAUCAAAGUGCUUUUAUUUUAUCAACCCUUUGUUGGGCUGGAGAACAACCACAAGUGUCGCACAAGCACUUUACUUUCUCUUUGUUGGGGGAAUUUCACCUUUUUAAAUGGGCAUAAAUCCUUAAUUAUUUAUUGAAGGGAUCGUUCCGGAUUUAUAAUGAUGUUUGGGGGGGGGGGAUUCUACAUAGUUGUCGUGUUGCGCACAUGUGACUGCACUCUGCGCUGCAUGUGGUGAGAAGCAGCCAAGUGUGGUCAAACAUGGCAACACCAGAGGACAAGAGGAAAAAAACAGAUGUCAGCCUUUUAGAAAAGUCUCACUUUAAAUGAAAAAAACUAAACAAUGUCACCUGAAGUGCAGAGCUGUGUGUUUAGCCAGCAGGUUCAUGUUGCUGGUCUUCUGCUGCUUCCAUCAUCAAGUUUUUCUUUGUUAGGAAAAAAACAGACGGAGGAUUCAAACCCUUAAGUCACAAAAUAACACAAUUGAACCAACUGAUGGAGGCAGCAGGAGGCCAGCAACUCCUGUGUGCCAUGAUUUAAAAUCACAAUGUGUUCAGUAGAUUUACAAAGCAACACAAAAGCUUGACUGUUUAAUGUCGAGAUUUGAGAUUGAAUAUAUUCUUGAGAUAAUGAAUACUAAAGCAGAUGUAGAUUGGGUUAGGUGAGCCUUUUGUUAAGUGGCUAACAUCUGUUUUGUUUUGUUUUUGAAUCCCAAACUAUCCCUUUAAUAUAUCUGCUGUAGUGCACUCAUAAAAGUGUGAAAACUAAACCAAACACUAGGAUGAAAUACUGACAUAAAGGGCCUCCACUGAUGUGAUACUACUGCUGUCUCUAAAAACAUCAGGAAACUUGAUUUCACACCUGCUGCAUUGUUUUUGGUGGGUGUGGCUGAGGGAGGUGCUACGUCUUUAGUACCAUGUGAGUGUAUUUUUAUGUUCACUAAAAGAUUGUAUUGGCAUUGGUCACCGUUUUUGUUACACUAGUGUAUUUUUUCAUCCUUGUUGAUUGUCUCUUUGAUCCCAUGCCAUCUAUUUAUUUUAAAAUGGAAGCACUGAAACUGAAUAAAUUUUCAAGUGAAUAAAAGUCACAUUUUUCAUUUUAA